AUGGUUUCGGAUUUCAGAAAAAAGAAGUUGUUGCUAGUUUUCCAAGUGUUUUUUGACACUGACAAGAGUGGAACUAUCGAGAAGUCAGACUUUGAGAAGUCUGCGGAAGGAUUAGCCAAAGCCCGAGGAUGGGCCCCAGGCAGCCCUGCCUUAGAAGUAGCAAAGGAGCACCUCACUAAUAUUUGGAAUGGACUCCAGAAGGCAGCUGAUAUAGACGGAGACGGAAAAAUAACUCAAGAAGAAUGGCUGUCGCUAUGGGACAAAUACGCUCAGACUUCUACACCUCAGGAAUGGCAGGAUGUUUUUUGCAAGAGCCUUUUCCACGUCCAAGACUCGGGUGGCGAUGGCGCGAUCGACGCUGAAGAGUACUCAACUGUUCAACAGUCUUUUGGCAUAGAUAAAGCUCAGGCUGUUGAGGCGUUUAAAAAGAUGGCUCAAGGUAAAGAUGUGAUAACAUGGGCGGAGUACCAGACUUUAUUUAAAGAGUAUUUCACGAGUGAUGAUCCCAACGCCCUAGGAAAUUGUAUCUUAGGUCAAUCGAGCUUCUAAAUCACUAUGCUUUGAUUAUAUUUAUAUUAGUAUGUAAUAUAAUAAUAUUAUAGAAUAUAAUAUGUUUCAUGUUUAAUAUUUAUGUAAUUAGUGUUGUUAUUUAUUUAUUUUUCUAUAAACGCUUCGAAAAUAAAACCCUUUUUUGUUCCGU